UACUUGAAGGCACCUAUGAUUCUUAAUGGUGUCUGUGUAAUCUGGAAAGGCUGGAUAGAUCUACAGAGACUGGAUGGUAUGGGCUGCCUGGAAUUUGAUGAAGAGAGAGCACAGCAGGAGGAUGCAUUGGCACAACAAGCCUUUGAAGAAGCUCGUCGAAGAACUCGUGAAUUCGAGGAUAGAGACAGGUCUCAUCGGGAGGAAAUGGAGGCAAGAAGACAACAAGACCCUAGUCCUGGAUCUAACCUAGGAAGUGGCGAUGAUCUCAAACUACGUUAAUCAACAGCAGCAGGCGUACCAUGGGCCUGCACACAUGCAUUGCUUCUACUUGGCAAAGGAUUUAAUAAAAGACCAGAAACUGUGAUAACUGGGUAUACUAUGGUCUGUUUCCUGACCUGCGGCAGUCAAAAUCACCAUGAACUGCCAUGGUUUGCACUAUGUUUAUGUUACAAUACCUGCAUUUCCCAUUUUAAGCAUGUAGCCAGUGGCAAUUUGAAAUUUUGUUUUUCUAUGCAAACUUAUUUUUGUUGGCACUAUUUUAGUGAAAUGGAAACUUAUGCAGCUAUAAAAUCAUUUUUCUCAACUGUAAUAGAAAUUGUCACUUAAAAAUAGGUCAAGAUAUUACAGAUUUAAAACUUCUUUUUUGGGUUUGGUUUUUUUUUUUUUUGGUAAACUGCUGGAAGCCAAUGCAUUCCAAGCUUAAUUUUUUUAAUAUGGGCUUUUGGAAUUUUGAUUGUCCUUAUUGUGCUCCUGCUUUAUUUUAGAUAUGCAUUCUUAUCUUUCUUUCAGUUUUCUUUUUUUAUACAUUUGCAAGACCUUCUUGAAACUGCUGACAUUAUUUUGCAUUAUUUCCAAGCAAAACCCAGUGAAUCAGAGCUGUUGGAAUCGGUUUUCAAACUUUGUGGGUCUGUAAACGUUACGGUUGCAGUAUUCUUUUAAACUGCUAAGAAUUCAUUGGUUCCACUUUCUAAAUGACAAAAUCUUAAAACGCGUAUUUUAUGCGUUAAUGCGUUCUGCCCCAGUAUCUGUCUUAGAU